UGCCAGCACACUAUUCCCGAAAAGAUACAAAAAAAGAGUUCAUAGACCAAGAUUUGAAUGUAGUCAAGAUGUACGAGCUUUAUAUAAGUAAAUGUUGUAAAGAGCAAAGAGAACCUGUUGACAUAGCUUAUUACCGUAUGGUUUUUAAUAAAGAAUUUAAUAUUGGUUUCUAUAGACAACGAAAAGAUUUGUGUGAUAAAUGUUUUACUUUCCAACAUUCAAACGCAGAAGAAAAAGAGAAGCAGAAAGAAGAGUACGAAAAACAUAUAAAAAGAAAAGUUACUGCACGCCGACAUCGUGAUGAAGCAAAAAUAUUAGCACAAUCUGGUGAUAUACAUUUCGUUGAAUAUGACUUGGAAGCCAUUUGUAAUUGCCCUUCAUCAUCAUCUAAGCUAAUUUAUUACAAACGGCGAAUUGCAAUUUACAACUUUACUAUGCUGGAUUUUGACACAGAAAAGCGUAACGUUUUCUGUUAUUGCUGGCACGAAGGUAUUGGAAAAAAAGGGGCUGUUGAAAUCGGGUCAUGUUUGUUGAAAUAUCUGAAAACCAAAGCUGAUGGUAAACCAAUUGUAUUUAUGUCAGAUACAUGUGCGAGCCAAUGUCGUAAUGUAUAUAUAUCAGCACUGCUACUGUACUGCGUUGAAGCUUUCAAUAUACCAGAGAUUAACCAAAAGUAUUUUGAACCUGGGCACAGUCAAAUGGAAGCAGAUAACAUCCAUGCAACUAUUGAACUGGCUAAGAAGAAUAUACCUUUAUUUCAUCCAUCUGGAUUUUAUACAAUUAUAAGAAAAGCUUCUCGAAAAAAUCCAUAUGACGUCCAUGAAAUGGGAACAGAAGACUUCGUAGACAUUAAAUACCUAAAAACUAUAUUAGUUAAGAAUGCUAAAGUGGACAGUGAUGGCAAUGCUGUCAACUGGUUAAAAAUAAGAUGGCUGCAAUAUCGUAAAGAAGACAAUAAACAUAUAUAUUUUAAAUAUGAUCUGGAGGAUGAUGAUUUUAAAAUGAUUAAAAUUAUCAGAAGAGGCAAAAGACUACCUGUGGAACAAAUCGUGUUGAAAAAUGCAUAUGACAAACCCUUACCCAUUUCUAGUGAAAAGUAUGACGAUUUACAAGACUUAUGCAGACAAGGCAUUAUUCCAACGCAAUACCAUGAUUUUUAUAAAGGGUUUUCAGUUGGAACUCCAACAACAGAUGAUGAAGAUAAUUAAUAUUUUACUAAA